AUGUUUAGAAGGCUGUAUAAGAAAGAUUUCGAGGCCUGUACAGAAAAAGAGCCUAAUACUCCUGAUGUGCUGAAAUUACUCAUUAAACGUUUUGUUUCUGAAAAGUGUUCAUUGGCAGAUUUAAGAAUUGUAACAUUGUUUGUGAUUUGUUUUGCUGGUUUUCUAAGAAUUUCAGAAGGUCUUUAUUUAAAACGUUGUCAUAUUGAUUUCAAAGAUGAUCAUUGUUCAUUAUAUAUUGAAAAUGCUAGAACAGAUUUAUAUAGAGAAGGAAAUUAUGUAGUUUUGGCAAAAACUGGAAAGUUUUCAUGCCCGGUGCAAUUAUUACAUAGAUAUAUUACAGAGGCUGGUUUGAUGGAAUGUUAUGAUCAGUUUAUUUUUAGAGCUGUAGUGUUGUGUAAAAAGUCUAACAAGUAUGUAUUAAAACGUAAAAAUGCUCCACUUUCUUACUCGAGAACACGGGAACUUUUUAAUCAAAAACUUACUUCAAUAGGACUAGAAAGUCAUCAAUACGGUUUGCAUUCACUAAGGUCAGGUGGAGCUCUUAUUUGUGCUAAUUCUGGUACUAAUGAUAGACUGUGGAAAAAACAUGGACGUUGGCGUUCAGAGACAGGUAAAGAUGGAUAUGUUGAAGACAGUUUGAAACAACGUUUGUCUGUGUCACUAAAUCUUAACAUUUAA